AAAUAAACAACUGCAAAAUAACUUGCUAUGGGAUUUGAUGAAGGAAGUAUCAUUUUAAAUAGUGAAAAUGAAACUUAUUUUGCGGGACAGACUAUUUUUGGCAAAUUGGUGUUCCAGCAAGACAAGGUCAAAACGUUUAGGGGUUUAUACGUUAAAAUGAAAGGAUUUUGCAAAGUUCACUGGACCACAUCUCACACUGAAGAGGUCAACAAUCGUCGGCACACUCGGACAGAAAAUCAUGAUUCUUAUGAAGAAUAUUUUAGCAGAAAAGUAUUUCUACUUGGUGGAGAAAGUGGUGAAUAUCACUUGCAGCCUGGUAAACAUGAGCUUCCAUUUGACUGCCCCAUCCCAGCUAACUGCCCAUCAUCCUUUGAGGGUAAAUAUGGUCAUGUGCGAUAUGAGAUCAAAGUAGUAGUUGACCGUGCAUUCAAGUUGGAUCAAGAGAAGAAAAAGCAAAUAAGGGUUAUUGCACCUUUGGAUCUGAACUUUGAUCCAUACUGUAAGGAACCAAUGCAGUUUGAUAUAGAGGAUACAUACUGCUGUUGCUGCAUGGGCAGUGGGUCCAGUGCGACAGUUGUGAAAUUGCCAGUGUCUGGCUACUGUCCCGGACAGACAAUACCUAUUGAGCUAAGUUGUUCUAAUCAAGGUGGAGUAGAAAUAGAACGGAUAUUGAUGGCUAUUCAGAAGAGAAUCACAUACCAUGCAGUAAAUGUUCCGGAUACAAAGCAUGAGGAGUCUACGGUGCUGGAAAUGAAGAAAGGUCCAGUUCCCGGAGAGAGCACACGCAGCUGGAUGGUGGACAUGGAGGUGCCCGCUAUAGAUGUGUACAACAUGGGACCUUGCAGAUUUAUUGAUAUUGAAUAUGACUUUAAGGUAACGGUAGUCCCGGAGGGUUGUCACAGUAACAGUGAAGACAGGAGAUCGAUCAGAAUCGGCACUGUACCUCUCAUGGGGUACCAGGACAACAUCCCCAACCCUCUACAGGACCAGAUGCCACAAGUCAUGCCAAUUAUGAACCAACCCCCGCCAACUGUCCGUCCAUUUACAAACUCCUAUCCGAACCAAAACUCACCUUAUCCUAAUCAAAAUACACACUAUACUAGUCCCAAUCCACCAUAUCCAGUACCCAAUCCAUCUCCAUACCCAAAUAACACACCACAAACAAAUCAACCAUCAUACCCCGGUAUGAACCAACCUUAUCCAGUUCCAAACGGUCAAAACCCACCGUAUCCAGUUGUUUCUCCAACUCAAAAUACACCAAAUCCAGGCAAUUAUCCACAAAUUUCUCCCCGAGUAUCUCCAUAUCCGGAUAGAGCAAACAGUCCUAUGUUGAAGACUGGUACAAUUGGGUUUACUGUACCAAAUGUUCCUGUACCAUCUCUACCUCCCGGAAUAAAUGUACCAUAUCCUUUAACUCCUCCAAACAAUCCGUACGCAACAGCAUCUGCACCUGAACCGGCAACACCUGAUGAUGGACAAAAGUCACCUUUAGUGCCAAAAGAGCCAACAGUGAUGCCCUACCCACCUUACAAUCCUGAAUAUAUGGAUAAAAUGGAACAAAAUAAAUAA